CAUUGGAUUUUGAGUGCCAAGCUUGGACCAGAUACAUUUCUAGUGCUCCAAAAGGUGGACUGUCAUAAACAAAUACAUAUUAGAAGGAUGAAUCGAUUAAAGGUGUUUGGCUUUCUAGUUUCUGCAAUAACCUUGGGUUUCAUCUACAAGACCACCAAAAAGCAAUCAAUCCUUCCUUAUAUUCUUUCCUCCAUCUCAACCCCCUUUACCAACACCAGUAUAAAUCCACAGGGAAUUCUAAAAGAAGGGAAUGGGAUUAUAUUUUUGGAGACUACAGACAGAAUGGAGCCACCAUCUUUAGUGCUGUGUGCUAUUGAGUCAGCGGCCCGUGUGUACACUGAUAGACCGGUGGUUUUCUUCAUGAAAGGUUUGACUGACAUUAACACAGAAGAGGAUGAGAAACAAGCAAAGAAAACAUUUCCAUCUCUGUCAUCUUUUCAGAAUGUCUACAUCUUCCCACUCAGAAUGCAGGAAUUAUUUAAGGAUACACCACUCCUCAAGUGGUUUCUGAAGGCUGAUCCUAAAAAAGAAAAGUUCUGGAUCCAUAACCUCUCAGAUGGCUGCAGGAUGGCUAUGAUGUGGAGAUAUGGUGGUUUUUAUUUUGAUUCUGAUGUCAUUUCAAUACGACCAAUCCCAGAAAUAAACUUUCUGACUGCCGAGCAUGACCAGACAUCUGGCAGUAGUGUUUUUGGUCUCACUCCUCAUCACAGUUUUGCCUGGACAAGUUUGAAUGACUUUGUACAGAAUUACAAUGGAAAUGUGUGGGGAAAUCAAGGCCCAACUCUGUUUACACGGGUUCUGAAACAGUCAUGUGAAUUAUCUGCCUUUAAAUCUCUAGACAAUAUUGUAUGUGGAAAUAUCUCCUUCCUGCACCCUGAGCGCAUCUAUCCUAUAUCAUAUGGAGGCUGGAAAAGAUACUUUGAGGUUUGGGAUAAAAUACCAACUUUUGAUAAUUCGUAUGCUUUGCAUCUCUGGAAUUAUAUGAAUAGCGGUGAGAAGAAGACUGUAGUUAUAGGGAGUAAUACAUUAGUGGAGAACCUCUAUAAACAGUAUUGCCCAUCAAUUUAUGGACUUCUUGCAGAAAAUGCAACAACAGCAAAUCAACACACGUAGAUAUUCAGCAAACCAAGAAUGAAAGUUUUGUUUGCCUUUUUAUACAUCUUUAUAAGGAUUUCCUUUUGUAUUUUCAGUAUCAGAUGAAAUGAAGUUAUAACAAUAAACAUGAGUUUUAAAAUGUUUGUAUGCAACCAAAUGGUUGUAAUCUCCCAAAUGAUCAUUUAUAUGUUGUAUUCCUAAUGUAAAACACUAGGAUUUAUAAAGGGCCCAGGAGGGCCUGAAACUUUGCCCUUGUAAAUUUGCCCUGUACAUAUGUAUAUGGGCUUAAUAAAUCACCUUUACUCCACACAUAUCAUUAUUCUGCUAUAGGAUUUUUUUCUACAAAAAAUUGAAUUGUAAAAAAAUGUUCCCAGAAUUUUCUUUCAUGUUUUUUUCAUUUGUUUAAUUAAUAAAUCUUUUCCUAAGGUUCUGAAAAUUUUUUGAUAUUCCAAAAUGCUUCAUGACUUUUAGAGAAUGCAAAACAUUUUAUUAAUCUUGCUAAUAAAUCAAAUCAUUUCUCCACCUUUAUCCUACUGUCCCAAGAAACUGCUCUGCUCCAAUUCUUUCCAAUAAAAAGUAAUGGCAUCUUUA